CUGACAAUUCUGACAACAUGAGUACCAGUGAAAAUAAAUAAUAAAUUGUAGCGAUGCUUCUUAAAAGGAAUCUCUUACGAAAUGAUCAAACGGUUGCUUGUUUUAACUAUGGUUUGUGACAUAGUAAUCUCGGCCUAUCUUUACGACGACGAGUCAACGCGCCGGACCUUCCCCACGUCUGAAGAGAUGGAGUUUGAACCUGUCACCACCCUCACGAAGGAUAAGGAGAAGAUGGUACUGAUGAAGAAUAUCAACUGCGAAGACUUCUCCAGAUAUGCCCUGAACUGUACCGUGGAAGCUGCUAUAGUGUACAACUCCAGUAGGAAGUCGCCUCCGAUGCCAGCGAAGGUGGCUGAUUGGUGCAAAGCAAUCCGGCAUCUUACGAACUGUGCCAUAGACUGGAACUCAGACUGCCGCGAAGUGACCGAGAACCACUUCAAUGAGGAGAGCAUCAAGGGGCAUAUACACGUCGUUGACAACAUCUGCGACGAUGAGUGGUUCCUGUCGCGGUACGACGAUCUCCCCAUGUGCAUAGAAGCCACGUCAGACGAGUGGGAAGCCUGCUACUCGGUCUUCAAGCAGCAGGUAGACGAGCAGAAGAAUAAAACGCUGGAAUGGACGCAUUUUGAGACACACUUCUAUUUGUGCUGCGCUCGCGCUCAAUUCCGCCGGUGCACGCUCGAAUCACUCUUCUCUUCUCACUCGAAGUGCACACACGAGCAGUCGACUACCCUCCAAAAGUUCUCAGUAAUCGUCUCCGAAGGUGAUGUGUUUCAGGACUGUGAUUCAAACAUGAUGUAUGCAAACUGCCCCGAAGGCGACCCUCGGCCCACCAAGCACCAUCUCUCAAAGCUGAUGAACAUUGCACCCGCAAGCAACGCCAUACGGCUGUGUCUACGUGAUAUGCUCUUUGUAGUUGCUUUUGUACUGUGUUUGAUGCAGUGGUUUUGA